ACAACUCUAACAUAACACCCCAAAAUAGCAAAUAUACAGAGACCACCCAACUGACCCAAGUCCAGCCGGAACGGUAUAACACACAUACUUGCUAUUCUGAGCGUCCGACCCGGAUUCUCCGGAACCCGAAAACCCUUUUGCCACGCAACCCCAACGUAUCCACCCCACACGUGUCAAAAUCACAACGGCCCUCAAAUCCCUAUUUAUAUUUAUAUAGUCCCCCGCUCUCAUCUCCCGCCUUCUGUUGUUCAUUUCGUAAAUUAAUUCCUUACAUUCCUUACAUUCCUUAAGCAGUUGGCCACCUCUCUCCAUUUUCUCCUCCCACCAUUAAUUAACACCCACAUCUCUCCAAAUUCAAACUUUAAAAUCUUUUAGUUUAGUUUGAUUUAAUUUCCGUUUUAAUAUUUAAUCAGUUUCGCGGAUGCGAGCGAUUAAAUUUUGAAAAAACAAUUGGGUUCGAAUAAAAUUUCUCUUGAAUUGAAUUAGGGCAGGAUGUUGGCGGAGGCGGAGUCUAUACCUCGGAGUAAGUUUGAAAACCUCGCGCAUUCUGCCCCCAACAUCCCCGCCUCCGCCGGCAUGGUGACCGACCUCGACGUAGAAUACCCGACACGGAACAGCAGUGCCUCCGCCCUCAGCCCGGCUUGCUCUCUUGACCCGACGCGAAUGAGCGGUGAGUGUUCUCCGAUGACAAUGUCGCCCUGGAACAACACCUCCAGUUCCCCCUUAUCCAAGUCACGCUGGCAGCCGUUCGAGGAAUCUAACGUUCCUCCGAACGGCCUUAUUGGGUCUCUCCUCCGCGAGGAAGGCCAUAUCUACUCUCUCGCGGCCACAGGAGACCUGCUGUAUACCGGUUCGGACAGCAAGAACAUCCGGGUGUGGAAAAAUCUCAAAGAAUUCAGUGGAUUCAAAUCGAACAGUGGGCUCGUGAAAGCAAUCGUCAUUUCAGGCGACAAGCUCUUCACGGGUCACCAAGAUGGAAAGAUCCGGGUGUGGCGGGUCUCAUCGAAAGACCAGAGCGUGCACAAACGCGCCGGGACUCUGCCUACAAUGAUGGAUAUCUUUAAAUACUCCGUGAAACCCAGUAAUUACGUUAAGGUGCGGCGGCAGAAGACGCUCUGGAUCAAGCACUCCGACGCAGUUUCGUGCCUGAGCCUCAGUGAGGACAAGAAGCUUCUUUACUCUGCCUCCUGGGACAGGACGUUAAAAGUGUGGCGAAUUGAAACCUCGAAAUGCAUCGAAUCGAUCCAUGCGCACGACGACGCGGUGAACUCCGUCGUCGCGAGCGUGGAGGGGAUGGUGUACACGGGGGCGGCGGACGGGACGGUUAAAGUUUGGAAGAAGGAGCAGAGCGGGAAGAUCAUCAAGCACACUCUGGCGCAGACGCUGCUGAAGCAGGAGAGCGCGGUGACGGCGCUCGCCGCCAGCGCGUCGGGGUCAAUUGUUUACUGCGGAUCGUCAGACGGGUUGGUGAAUUUCUGGGAGCGGGAGAAGCAGCUGUCGCACGGCGGCGUGCUGAAGGGGCACAAGCUGGCGGUGCUCUGUUUGGCGGCGGCGGGGAACUUGGUAUUCAGCGGGUCGGCGGACAAGACGAUUUGCGUGUGGCGGAGGGAGGGAACGAUCCACACGUGCCUGUCGGUUCUGUCCGGGCACACGGGGCCGGUGAAGUGCCUGGCGGUGGAAAAGGACAAGGACGUAAAUGCGAGUAAAGCGGACGAGCAGCGUUGGAUUGUGUAUAGCGGGAGUCUGGAUAAGUCGGUGAAGGUGUGGGGGGUGUCGGAGCAGGCGCCGGAGCUGACGGCGAUGAGUCACCAGCGCGGGGGGUUUGAUGCGGAUUCGAUUCCGUCGGAUGGGAGUUAUUCGUCGUCGGCGGGUCGGGGCAGCAGCCAUAAGAAGAGGUUCUGAUGAUUUAUGACCGAUGGGUUUUCGGUCUAAUAGGGUUGCGCCACGUGUCUGAUUCAAGAUCAUGUAUGGCAUAGAGAGAAUGAUUUGGACCGUUGAUUAUUGGCGAUGAGAUGAAAGGAUUGUAGUGCGUGAUGAAGCGAAAAUUUUUAGGUGUACCGGGUACACCAAAUUUUUUUGGUGUACCCUCACUCAUUAGAAUUUUUUUGGUGUACAAAAAGUGAGGGUGCACCAAAUUUUUUUGGUGCACCCUCACCAUUAUGAGUGAGGGUACACCAAAUUUUUUUGGUGUGCCGGGUACACCGAAAAAUCCCUCGUGAUGAAGGGAGUAUAUACUGUAUAUGAGAAAUAAAUUAGUUUCACUCCAUUUCUUUGUUAAUUUCUUACUGAUAGAUGUGUUUUGCAUGUUUUGGAUAGUUUCUCAUGAUGAUUCGGGGACAAGAUCUUAAUUAAAAAUUGACUAAAAACGUUUUUGGUGAAA